ACUCACACGCAGCAAAGCACUGUAAAAAUAGCUUGGUGGGUCACACACACACUGCGGGUCAGUAAACAAGACGGACGGACGCCGAGCCUCAGCAGAACCGAUGGGUCCGAACAGGAAGCUCGAUGUUCCGGUCUACGAUCUUUCUGCGGUCCGAGGAAUCUGGGAGGUCCGAGUGAAGAAGUACAGAACCAGGCAGAAGAAGGAGCAGGAGAGGGUGGAGAACAGCGCCCUCGCCAGGAUCGAUCAGCAGUGGCAGUACCGGAUCUACUGCAAGAGCAUGAAGGCCAAAGAGCUGCAGCAGCUGCAGCACUACCUGGAGAGAUCCCUGCUGACGGAGCCGGCGCCGUCCGGAGGACACCUGGACCGGAACACAGGUACCACAGACGUCCAGCAGGAGGAUCCGAGAGUCCAGCAGGACGAGGAUCAUCCGGAUCGGAAGGACCUGAUCUUCCGGCUGGAAGGAGAUCGCUGGCUGGACUUUCCCCGGGAGCUGCAGUGGACCACCUACCUGCAGGAGUGGCACGUCAGACGGACUCGGAUCCGCCAGCUGCCCGACUUCCUGGCUCAGUUCACGCAGCUCACCGUGCUCGAGAUUCCCAGAAACCUCAUCGCGGACCUGCCGCCUCAGAUCGGGAAGCUCUCGGCGCUCCGCAGGCUGAACAUCAGCUACAACCGCCUGUCCAGAGUUCCUCCGGAGCUCGGAGACUGUGAGCAGCUGGAGCGUCUGGAACUGGCCGGAAACCUGAGCCUGAGCGAGCUGCCCUUUGAGCUCAGCGGCCUGAAGCAGCUGGUCCACCUGGACAUCUCGGAGAACCGGUUCGCCUCCAUCCCCAUCUGCGCCCUGAGGAUGAGCCGCCUGCAGCUGCUGGACCUGAGCAACAACCAGCUGAGCGACCUGCCGCAGGACAUGGACAGGCUGCAGCAGCUCUCCACCCUCUUCGUCCAUCAGAACAGCCUGUCUUACCUCCCCGUUUGUCUCGCCAACAUCUCCAGUCUGAGGAUGGUGGUUGCCAGCGGCGACGGGUUGACCAGCGUCCCGACCCGACUCUGCAACGACCCGGAGAUCAAGUUCAUCCGUCUCUAUGACAACCCCGAGAAGAGGAGGAGGAAGAAGGAGGAAGAGGAGAAGAAGAAGAAGGAGAGGAGGAGGUGGAGGGAGCAGGAGGUGAAGGACGGCAGUGAGAAGGAGUUCAUGGAGGCGUACAUCAGCACGCUGAAGGACAGAGACACCGUUCCCUUCUCCACCACCAAGGUCUCCAUCUCCUGCCUGCUGUGACGGACCGGAACCAGAACCGGACCUGUUCUGCAGAGUCCAGUUGGGUCAGAACAGCUGCUGGACGCGGGUCCAGAUCCUGGUUCUGGAGGUUCUGAACAUCGUCGGUUUUGUUGGUUCUGGUUUUUCAUGUUGGUUUUAUUUCAGUUUAAAUUCCAGAUUUUUAAACGUUUCCAAGU